AUGGCACUCAAGGCGAACCACCACAUCAUUCAAUUGCCAAAAACUGCUGCCCCGUCAAAAGCUAUCGAUCCGAUAGCGAUUGCGCAAGCAUGGAUUACAUCGCUCGAAGAUAUUCUGAGUGGCGCACCAGAGCAAUACCAGCGACUGUCCGAGAUUUUUCACAAGGAAUCUUGGUGGCGUGAUAUGCUCGCCUUGCAAUGGGACUUGCGUACGUUGCAGGAUAUCGAUAAGAUUGAACCGUUUCUACGAGCCCAUCAACCAAUCUCCCAGCUGUCUGGCCUUCGUCUUCAAGAUGAAGGAAAGUACAAACCCACUUUCGAGUCGCCAACGGUAGAAUUGCAUUGGGUGUCCUCCAUGUUCUUUUUCGACACCAAAGUCGGAAAAGGUGCGGGAAUUCUGCGCUUGACACAAGACCCAAGCUCCGGGGCAUGGAAGGCUUAUUCAGUUUAUACCUCUCUGCAAGAAUUUAAAGAGUAUCCUGAGCCUUUGGGUCAUAAGCGUGCUUAUGGAACUAUUGAGUCAAUGCCCGGUGGCUUUGGUAAAGGGACGUGGUUGGAGCGAAGGCAGAAGAAGGUCAAUUUUGAAGAAGAGGAACCACAAGUCCUUGUGGUUGGUGCCGGCCAGGCUGGUCUUAACCUCGGUGCUCGAUUACAGUCCUUGGGACUGUCAACAUUGAUCGUGGAUAAGAAUAAUCGAGUGGGAGAUAACUGGAGAAACAGAUAUAGAAAAGCUAACACCCGGGUAAAAUUGAAGACAUUAGUGACUCACGACCCAGCCGAAUUUACACACAUGGCUUACCUGCCAUUCCCUAAAAACUGGCCUCAAUUCACACCCAAAGACAAGUUGGGAGAUUGGUUUGAAGCAUACGCCAGCCUGAUGGAACUGAAUGUCUGGACCAGGUCAAAAGUGGAGGGCGCAACAUAUGAUGAUGCAAAAUCAUCGUGGACUGUCAGAAUACAACGAUACAAUGAAGAUGGAACAUCGAAAGAACGAAUCGUGAAGCCCGGACAUAUUGUUUGGGCAACCGGACAUGCUGGCGAGCCUCAGAUACCUACUUUCCCAGGACAAGAUAGCUACCAAGGCGUUGUGUAUCAUGGUAGCCAGCAUGAAGAUGCCUCCAAGUACGACGUCAAAGGCAAGAAAGUCGUCGUCGUAGGGACUGGUAACAGUGGUCAUGACAUCUCUGAAAACUUUUAUCAGAACGGAGCAGAAGUCACCAUGGUACAGCGUAGUGGGACAUAUGUGUUGACACUAGACAAAGGGGUAUUCAUGCUGCAUGAGGGAUGCCAUGAUGAGAAUACAUUAUCCACAGAUCAGGCAGACAUCGUUGCCGAGUCCCUACCCUUUCCAGUUCAAUUUGCAUUGAACGUGUCCCUCACGCAGCGCAUGGCUGAGGCUGAACGUUCCACUCUUGAGGGGCUCGAGAAAGCUGGCUUCAAACUAGAUUCCGGCAUUGAUAAAUCUGGUAUUGCGCGUCUCUACUACACGCGUGGAGGUGGAUACUAUGUCGAUGUCGGUUGUAGUCAAUUGAUUAUUGAUGGAAAGAUCAAGGUUCGUCAGAGCCCUGAGGGAAUCAAGGGCUUCACGCCCAAAGCCUUGGUUCUGGCAGAUGGCACAGAACUGGAAGCCGAUGUUGUGGUUCUGGCAACUGGCUAUGAUAAUAUGCGUACCACGGUCCGCAAAGCACUUGGUGAUGGUGUUGCGGAUAAAUUGAAGAAUGUCUGGGACUUGGAUGAGGAAGGUGAACUGAAUGCUAUGUGGCGUCCUUCUGGCCAUCCACGAUUUUGGUAUAUGGGUGGAAAUCUGGCACUUGUGCGGAUCUAUUCCAAAUUCCUCGCCCUACAAAUCAAGGCAGUCGAGGAGGGAUACAAUACUGAACAAGCUGGAAAGACCAAUGGUGUGGUCAAUGGCGUUAAUGGUCACUAG